GAGUGCGAUGAAGGUCGUACAAGCCGCGUACUCUUUGCCGCUUCUACUAUGUGUCUAUACUCCCGUGGGGGUGACGGGGUUCGUCGUGCCCGGCCUCGGCUGCAGAAGCCGGCAUCAUCAGCAUUAUCAGGACAGGUCUUCUUCUUCGUUCGUGUUGGCACUUCCCUCGGCAGCAGAUGACCGGAGCGCUGCGGCCGGAACCACGGCGGCCGGGCGCGGGAGGGCUAGAGAGAUCGCAACUCAGGCCCGACGGCGGGCGAGGGACGCGCGGUCCAGAGUCAGGGAAACCCUCCCCCCGUCGAACAUGCAGGGGGCAGUCCAAGCCCCACCCUCGCGAGAGGAUGAAACCGAAACUGUAACAACAGUACAGAGGAGAACCACGCCGCGGCAACGACGGAAGAAAGCACCGUCGACGUCGCAACAAGGCCACGUCAGUCGCCCUCGAAGACCCAACAGCGAAGCGGCGGCGGCGAGAGCAGCGAUACCACGCGAGCAUCAGGGGGGCACCAAUUCGCGGCCUCCGCCGCCGCCAGAGGAUAGGAAAAAAAUGCGGCGGAAUAGUGCUGCUGCUCCUGCUGCUGCAGCCGAUGGCGACACACGAGAUGUGAACGCGCUAGUGAAGAAGCUUCUCGAGGAGUACUGCUCCAAGGCGCCGCUAGAGGAGCAGUGGCCGCCGGGGCGAAGGAUUAGGGUUCGGGGCGUGGAGAUUUUUUACAAGGUUGUUGGAGACUUGAGCGAGUACGGGCGGGUCAUCAGCUUUGACCGACCAGGUUUCGGCAGGACGGAGAGGGUCAUGCCGCCGGCGGGAGGCCUGCCGUGGAGGCUCUGCUCGAAGACCAUGGGCGAGAACCCUUACUCGGCAGACUUUGCGGCGAAGGUCCUCUUCGGCGUCCUGGAUAGGCUCGGCGUGGACAAGGUGAUCGUCGUCGCUCACUCCCUGGGGGCCCAGGUGGCCCUGCGCGCGGCGAGGUCUCGGCCAGGCAUGAUUCGCGCCAUGGUGCUCGUCGCGCCCGCCGUGCUGAACCCCCUGGACAGCAAGUUCGUGAUGGGGAGGGACCCCAACGCCAACCUCUUCUCGGCGAUCCUUAACCUUAGGACGCGGGUGGAGAUGACCGCCAAGCUCGCAGCGUUCAACCUACAGCUUUUGCAACCGGGCGAGGGGCCGUUGCACGCCGUCCGGAACAUGACGCUAAACGGCGACGUAGAGGAGAGAGUGCAGCAGAAUUUUCACGACCGGUCAAUCACGCUCGGUCGACCGGAGCUGGUUGCCAAGUACAUCGAGCCUUUGAGGGAUCCUCUCUGGGACAGGGGGCUCGUACAUUUCUACAAGUCGCUGCAGGGGGAGGUGCAGCCGGGAGAGCAGCUGCUCCAGAACACGCUCGACGUGUGGAAGGGCCCGUCCAUGAUCAUCACCGGCGACGAUGAUCCGACCGUUCCCACUCAGUCAAGCAUAUACGUCGCGGAGGCGAUGGAGGGGAGGCUCGUGGUAGUAGAGUCGUGUUCCCACAUACCCAUGGACGAGCGAGCAGAGGGCGUCAUUGGCUAUCUAGAUUCAUUCAUCCCAUCCCCCCCCCAUUUCCCCGUCUCUGGCUCGUGUGUCGACGUUUUCGUUGUCAAGGUCUUCUCUUCCGCGGUGCUGAGCUUCGCCAACAGCGUAGAGGUCGAGGACGCGUGGCAAGCCGUCGGCAGCAGCGCCAAAUCUUGGUGGUAGGCGUUACGGCCCACGCACGCAUGCCGAAGGGCUAUAUCAAAAAGAUGACACGCGACCGGACCCCCCCAGCUCCUUGCACUUGGGGAGGGGCUCGCUGCGUGUCGAGAGGCGUGUGGCAUGUUGCCGUGUUGGAUGACCGAAAAGGAGAAGAGAGAGAGAGCGCGAGGCGAGCGCUUGGGGUCGGAGGUGUUAUACACUGGGGUGACUGAUGUCAGAGCUCCCUGCUGAUGCGGAGACAUCAACAAUGAUGAUAAGACGUCGAUCUCGCUCUAGAGCUGUAACUUUUUGCUCGAAUCUGUUGGUAUUGACCUACCCGGGAAUGAUGAUCAGAGACAGAGAGAGCGAGAGAUGAGAGGAGAAAGGGAGAGAGAAAGAGAGAGAGAGAGAGAGAGAGAGAGAGAGAGAGAGAGAGAGAGAGAGAUUGUGGAUAAAAAUACUAUUACCAGUGUACUAUUUGGUACGGCGAGCCGGAGAUACUCUUGCAAUCUACUGCCGCGCCUGAUUGAAAUAUACAAACUCGACAUGUUUAGUGAUUGUGCGCAUGAGACACUAUUUUGCU